AUGGAACAAGAGACAUUUAUCAGUCCUGUAGACACCAUUAGUCAGAAAUAUGAGAGACGAAUUCGACGGCCUAUGAAUGCUUUUAUGGUGUGGGCUAGAAGUGAAAGGAAGAAAUUGGCAGGAGAAAAUCCGGACAUACAUAAUGCUGAUUUAAGUAAAAUAUUAGGCAAGAAAUGGAAAGUUAUGACUAAAGAGGAAAAACGACCAUUCAUCGAUGAAGCUGAAUGGUUACGUUUACAACACAUGCAAAAAUAUCCAAAUUAU